AAAUCCUCCCCGAACAGCGACCAGAUUGCUCUCACUCCCAGCCACCCACUUCCGCCGGCCGGCACCCGCAAUAAUAAACCCCGGCGAGCGCGAGCGCGAGCACCUCGACACCGCCGGUGGCCAUGGAGGACUGGCUCUUCUACUCCCUCACCACUCUCCUCUGCCUCCUCUGCUCGCUCCUGCUGCGCGCCGGCGCCCGCAGCUCGGCCGGGGCCAAGCGCCAUGCCGCCGGCGACGAGCUCCCGCCUCUCCCGCCGGGGCCGACGCCGCUGCCGGUGGUGGGCCCUCUGCUCUUCCUGGCGCGCCGCGAUUUCGACUUCGAGCCCGUGCUCCGCCGCAUCGCGCGGGAGCACGGUCCGGUCUUCACCUACGCGCCGCUCGGCAGGGCGCGGCCCACCGUCUUCGUCGCCUCCCGCGGCGCCGCGCACCGCGCGCUCGUGCAGCGCGGCGCGGCGUUCGCGUCCCGCCCUCCGGUGACGGCCUCGAGCGCCGUGGUCACCAGCGGCGGCCGCAACAUCAGCUCCGCGCCCUACGGCGCCACGUGGCGCGCGCUGCGGCGGAACCUGGCGGCGGGCAUGCUCAACCCGGCGCGGCUCCGGGCGUUCUCCCCCGCGCGGCGGUGGGUGCUCGGCGUCCUCGCCUCCCGCGUCCGCGCCGCCUCCGGCGCCGGCGGGGAGCGCGCCGUCGCCGUAAUGGAGCCGUUCCAGUACGCCAUGUUCUGUCUGCUUGUGUACAUGUGCUUCGGGGACCGCGUCGAGGACGCGCGCGUGCGGGACAUCGAGGCCACGCAGCGGGAGCUCCUCGGCAACUUCCUCAGCUUCCAGGUCUUCUCCUUCCUCCCAUCGGUCACCAAGGUCGUGUUCCGGCGGCGGUGGGAGAAGCUCGUCUCGCUGCGGCGGCGGCAGGAGGAGCUCUUCCUCCCGCUGGUUCAGGCGAGGAGGGACGCCGGCGCCGACGGGGACUGCUACGUGGACACCUUGCUGAAGCUGACCAUCCCCGAGGACCGCGGGCGGGCGCUCACCGACGGCGAGAUCGUCAGCCUCUGCUCCGAGUUCCUCAGCGCCGGCACCGACACCACGGCCACCGCGCUGCAGUGGAUCCUGGCGAACCUGGUCAAGUACCCAGCGAUGCAGGAUAGGGUGCGGGACGAGGUGGCCGGCGUCGUCGGCGCCGCCGACGGCGAGGUGCGGGAGGAGGACCUGCAGGCGAUGCCGUACCUGAAGGCCGUGGUGCUGGAGGGGCUCCGGCGCCACCCGCCGGGCCACUACCUGCUCCCGCACGCCGUGCACGAGGACACGACGCUGGACGGGUACCGCGUCCCCGCCGGCGCGCCGGUCAACUUCGCGGUGGGCGACAUCGGGCUCGACGGGGAGGUGUGGAACGCGCCCUUGGAGUUCCGGCCGGAGCGGUUCCUGCCCGGCGGGGAAGGGGAGGACGUGGACCUGACGGGGAGCAAGGAGAUCAAGAUGAUGCCGUUCGGCGCCGGGCGGAGGGUCUGCCCCGGCAUGGCGCUGGCGCUGCUACACCUCGAGUACUUCGUGGCGAACCUGGUGAGGGAGUUCCAGUGGAGCGAGGCCGACGGCGAGGAGGUGGACCUCGCCGAGAAGCUCGAGUUCACCGUCGUCAUGAAGCGGCCGCUCAAGGCUAAGGCCGUGCCGCUGCGGUCACCGCCGGCCGCCACCCUUGCAGCUGCCUGAUGGAUUCUCUCUAGCUAGCAUGGCAAUCAAUGAAUUGGCAACAGAUCGAGUCUGCUUCUUGUUCUUGAUAUUGAUGCAUGGCAUGAGAUUAUACAACCAAAUAUUAGGCUAAUCAAGUUUCUCUUGUUCUUUUGGGAACAAUUAUCGGUAGAAGCACUAAGGUAAUAAUGCUGCACUAGUGUGCAUGUAUUUGUAUGUACAAUCAGGCACCAGUUUGUAUCAUGGAAAUUUAUAUGCAAGAACAGAAUGUGCGGGGGAAUUUCUAUCGAAAAAAAAGA